AUGGAUUUGUAAAUGGAAGAACAACAAUUCUUUGCUAAUCAUUCAUUAUCAAGUAUAUUUGUUUUAUUUAGAUAGUCUCAAGUAGAUACACAGAAAGAAAUAAUCCUUUAUAACUUUAUCAUCCAACUCAUUAAAUUGGAAUUAAACAAAUACCUGAUAUUGAAAAUUUAGAAAUACCAUUUGAAGAUGGAAGUAUUUAAGAAUAAAUCUCACAACAUAAUAUGUCUAAUCCAAUAACAUCAUCAGAAAGGAAAAGCUAGAUUCAACACCAAAACAAUGAAAUUAAAGAACCUCAAUUUCGAUAACAGUUAGAAAGAUAGAGUUAAUUCAUUCCUGAAGUUGAUGAACAAAAAAACUUUUUGCAUCUAAUUCGAAGGAAAAAAUUGAUGUAAAAAUUUAUAACAAAAACUCGAUAAAAAUCAUACAUUUUCUCAUAAUUAUUAGCAGAGUAAUUUAAGAAACUAUAAUUCGAAUAAUAUAUUCUUAAGAAUAAACAAAAUAUUUAAAAUGUAAACAAUAAUGAAAAGUUAAAAACAAGUAAGUUAAAUUUCAUCCCUUUGUUUUAAACUCAACAGCCGUUUCUAAUACUUUGGGAAUUCUUUAUAUUUAUUCAAACUUUAUAUGUAACUUGGUGGGGACCCUUUACUGUAGUUUUUGAGAACAAUUUUCAUAAGAAUACGAUAAGUGAAUAUAUUGUUAUAUAUUUUGGAAUAAUUGAUAUCAUAAUGACAAUGAAUAAAAGUAUUGUCUAUUAAGGAUAGAUAUUAGAUGAUAGGGGAAUAAUAAUAAAAUAGUAUUUGAAAACUUAAUUUGCACCUGAUCUAAUUUCUAUAUUUACUAUAUGCUCAAUUGAUAAUAGGAAUUAUGCUUAAGAUUAAGAAUUCAUUUUCAUAAUUUUUGCAACAAUUUUAAUAUACAUAAAUUAAAAAAGAAUAAUGAAUAUCUUAGACAAAAUAUAAGAGUCUUUUGAUGUUUAAUAAGAUGCAUUGGAUUUAAUCAAGGUAUUAUUGAUAAUUGGAUAUUUUGCACAUAUUAGUGCAUGUAUUUGGGCUAGGAUUUCUAUGAUAAGUGAUAAAUAUGGUUAUAUGUCAUGGAUUAAAUAUUAUGAAGUUGAUAAUCAAUCUUCAUGGAUUUAAUAUAAUUUUUCAUUUUAUUGGGCUACAAUGACAAUGGUAACUGUUGGAUAUGGAGAUAUUACUCCACAAAAUGAAUAUGAGAUGUUGUGUGCUAUUCUUAUAAUGUUUAUUGCAAGUAUUAUAUUUGGUUAUUCAUUAAAUUCUAUUGGAAUAAUUUUGAAAAAUAUAAAUGAUAGACAAUAGAAGUUUAGGUAAUAAAUUAUUAAAGAUAGUUAGAAAAUCAUAAUUGUUAAUUAAUUCUUACAUGAACAAAAAUUAAGUUAGUCUUUAAUUAUAAUGUAAAGUGAGAAAUUAUUUAAAAUAUUAUAUUGAAUAAGAUAAUGUUUAGAAUGAUGAAGAAGUAUGAUAAUAUUAAAAUAUGAUUAGUUAAAUGCUUUGAUUUCUAAAUUAUCUCCAGGUUUGAGAGAGGAAUUGUUAUAUGAUAUUUAAAAGAAACCUUUAAAGUCAAUGGACUUUUUCAUAAAGGAUAUGUCUCCAGAAGUGUAGAAAUAAAUAGCUUAUUAAUUGUAAGCGUAACAUUUUGCUCCUUUAGAUGUAAUUUACAAUUAAAACAGUUUUGAUAAUAAUUGUUUAUAUUUAAUUGUUGAAGGGAGAGUUCAAUUGAUUGAUGAAAGAAAUAAUGAAGUUGUAUAUAAAUAUGAGAAAGGAUAAUGUUUUGGUAAAUAUGAAUUUUUUACUGGUUUGAAUAGAGAAUUAUAAGCAAGAAGUGAAACAUUUUCACAUGUGUAUAGUUUGAAAAGAGAUGAUAUGAUAAGAAUAUUAGAAAAUUUUAUGGAUGACAAAGAAAAGUUUGCAAAUAUCAAAGAUUAAAUAAUAAUAUUAAAUAAUUUUUAGAUAAUUGAUUUGAAUUGCUAUUUUUGUAAUGAAUUUACUCACACUUAUAUCUAAUGUCCUUAUUUAUAAUACAAACCAGAUUUGGAAAGAUUAAUAAAAAAAGAAGGUUUUUGUAAAUAAAAUAGAUAACGUUUCUUAAGAUAAAAAUUGAGAACAGGAUCUUCAUUAAAUUUAUUGAUUGUAUUCUAUUUAGAAUGAUUUAAUUAGAUAAAGAAGGAGUAGCAUGACAAAUUUCUUAAAGAUAUUGGGAUUGAAAUAGAUUCCUAAUCAUCUUCAUCUAGUGAUGAGAAAGAAUAAUCAUAAUAAUUAUCAAAUUAACAAAGUAAUUCUAUAGAGAAGAAUUAAGUAAAAGAUGACUUUCCAUCUGCCAAGAAAGAUUACUUAUCAACAUUAAAUCUAGAAAAUAAGUCUUUAAAUGUUAUGACAGAAAGAUUUAUGAAGCAAAGAAAAAAUUAGAGAUAAGGUUCUCAUCAUACUCAUCAAAUGUAGACCUAAGCUAUUAAAACUAUGUAAAUGGAUUAGGAAAUUGAAAAUACUAACAUUUCUAAAAGAAAAAGAUCUUAAUCUAUAAAGGAUAUAACACCAAAGAACAAUAAAAGAAGGAAUAGUUAGGAUUCAUAAAGUGGAGGUGAUACAAGUAGAAAUAAGAAAGCAAUGUCUAUAAACAAUACAACAACUAAAUUAUUGAAUAGUAAUAAUAUGAAUAGCAUAAAGUCUAUAAUUGAAUAAUAAUAGAUGGAUUUUAUGAAAUUAACAGAGGAAAUAGAUUAAUAUAGAUUAUAAUUUUUUAAUUGCGAUAUGGAAAAAAGUUAAUAAUUCAAAUAUUAUUUACCUUAAAAUAAUUUGAGUCAAAUUUUAUUACAAUAUUAACAUUAAUAGAAAAAUAAUAAAUUCAAAGGUAGAUGUGAAUCCAAUAAAUAUUCCAUAUAUUUCAAUGUGAAAAAAUAGACAUAAACAAAUAGAUCUCAAAAAUAGACUAGAGGAAGUCGUGUUUGUUCUCCAGGUUCUAAAAAAUUGAUAAGUAAAACUUAAAAAAAAUCAUUUAUAACCAAUCCUUUAUAGCAAAUGGUUAGAAUAGCAUAGAAUGAAACUUAAUGA